UUUAUUUCUAAUGUUUUUCUUCCUCAAAGUCUGGUUGCUCCCCAAAGUUCUGAGCCUUCCCCCGCCCUUGCCUCAGACCUUUAAGACCAAAGACUGUAAAACCACAGGGCUGGAAGGGCCAACUCUGAGGACCAGCCUCGGGCCACACCCAGGAGCUGGAGGGCUUUUUGCCUCCCGGGAGAAGGAGUUGGGGCCUCGCCAGAGCUGGGGGGGGAGGGGGGGGAGGACACAUCCCUUCAGAUUCCAAUGGGUUUCCCAUCCCCUCUGUCAGCCUUGCUGUGACUGUGUGGGCAUUAGUGAGAGGGGUUUGGGUUUAACUUGCAAUAAACUGGAAACCCAGUGCAUCUCGCAGUCUCCAUGGUGCUGUGUGUGUGUCAGGACUCCUCUGGCCUGGGAUUCAUGGGCAGGCCCGGCCUCCAGCGCCCCCAGCCCCCUGCUGGCCUCCCUGCCCCUGCCUGCCAGGCCUCUGCAGCCCCCGCUGGACUUCAAGCACUUGCUCGCCUUCCACUUCAAUGGCGCCACCCCGCUCAGUCUCACCCCCAACUUCAGCACGAUGGACCCAAUCCAGAAAGCUGUCAUCAGCCACACGUUUGGGGUCCCCUCCCCUCUGAAGAAGAAGCUCUUCAUUUCCUGUAACAUCUGUCACCUGAGGUUCAACUCAGCGAACCAAGCUGAAGCACAUUACAAAGGCCACAAACAUGCCAGAAAACUCAAGGCUGUCGAAGCCGCCAAGAGCAAGCAGAGGCCACAAACCCUGGCCCGGGAUGGGGUGCUGGUGUCCCCCACCCUGACUCCAGCCAGUGGAUCCCCUGGAGAGCCGCACAGCAAAGCUGUUCCUGCAGCCCCACCCCCUGGCCUCCAACUCCAGCCACCGCUGACUCUGGACCCCACGCCGAGGGAGCCGGCUCACUCAGAUCUCUUGGAUGCUGCCUCCUCUUCCUCUUCUUCCUCCUGCCCACCCUGCUCCCCAGAGCCUGGGAGAGAGGCGCCAGGGCCUGAGCCCGCAGUGGCUGCUGUGGGAAACGGUGUGAACGGGGAGGGCAGGAGCGAGAAGGGGCGCCUCUAUUGCCCCACGUGCAAGGUGACAGUGAACUCCGCCUCCCAGCUUCAGGCUCACAACACAGGAGCCAAGCACCGGUGGAUGGUGGAAGGUCAGCGAGGUGCUCCUCGAAGGGGCCGGGGCCGCCCUGUGCCCCGGGGAGGCGGACACAAGGCCAAGAGAGUGGCAGGGGGCCAGGGCGGCCGACAGGGGCCCAGCCCCCCCUUUCACUGUGCCCUAUGUCAGCUCCAGGUCAAUUCGGAGACCCAACUCAAGCAGCACCUGAGCAGCAGGAGGCACAAAGACCGCCUGGCUGGGAAGCCCCCCAAGCCCUCCAGCCAGCACAGCAAGCUGCAGAAACAUGCAGCGCUGGCUGUGAGUAUCCUCAAGUCGAAGCUAGCCUUGCAGAAGCAACUCACCAAGACACUUGCAGCCCGCUUCCUGCCCAGCCCGAUCCCCGCCGCUGCCGCAGCCAUCUGUGCGCUGCCAGGGCCCCUGGCCCUCAGGCCUGCCCCCACAGCAGCCACCACCCUCUUCCCAGCUCCCAUCCUGGGCCCGGCUCUGUUUCGCACCCCAGCAGGAGCCGUCCGCCCUGCCACAGGGCCCAUCGUCUUUGCCCCCUACUAGGCUUCCUGGGGAGGCCGGGGCUUGGCACCCAGCAGUCGCUGUCCUUGCCUCCUUUUCCCGAGAUGCCUCAGUUUCCUCCAUCCCCUAGGAGACUGCUAUUUACAGCCAAAGCUUCCUGCCCAAUCUAGGAAGAGCUGGGCUACUUUUAAGGGCAGCUGCCCUUUGCCCAGUCUGGACUACGGAUUCAACUACAACCCUCCUGGCCCAAGACCUUCCAACCCUCCUCUCCCCAGCCUCCUCAGGCUGGCACUGGGCUCCCCUGCAUUGCCCAGCCUGAUUUGCAGGGAGCAAACUGAGAAAUCCCAAAGAUCUAUGCAAAAUCCUAGCCCCAGCCCCAUGGUGCUCUCAUUUCCCCCACCUGAGACCUAGAACCCCAUGGUCAGAGGUCCUAGGAAUCUUAACUUUGAGCCUGGCAAGAAGUCUAGAGAAGAGGCCCUCUCCAUUCACUGGACUCUCUGGAGAAUCACUGGAGGUGGCAGAUGGGGUCUCAAG